AUGAAGAAAGAAAAUUUUGUUAAGUGCGGAGAUGUUGAUUAUGAGUACGUGCCUCCCGAGGGAGGGUGGGGUUAUGUUGUAUGUGUUGGGUUGUCAGUAAUUUUUAUCGCCGGCACGGCUCAUCAGCCCGUGUUUGGAUUCAUAUAUAACGACUUUUUGGACGAGUUAGGCGUAGGCACAGCAGCAGUGACAGUAGUAUUUGGAGUAUUCCAAGUUACUUUAGCUAUAGCAGGUUUUUCUGCUAACAUAGCACUGAAGAAAUUAUCUUUAAGACAAGUUGGAUUGAUUGGAGCGAUCAUAUACACUUUGGCGUCAUUUUUUGCCAUUUUCGUCGUAUCUACAACUCAGAUGAUCAUAACAAACGGCUUCCUGCAGGGUUUGGGAAUGGGUUUACUAAUACCUGUCUCAUACACAAGCUUCAACAGCUACUUCACAAAGAAAAAAGUGCUCUAUAUCAGUCUGUGUAAAGCUUCAAUUGGCAUGAUAACAAUGGUCUAUCCGUUAUUUAUCAAGUUUACGAUAACAGAGUAUGGAUUCAGAGGAACGCUCGCGAUUCUUUGCGCAAUAUCAGCACACAGCAUCUUGGGAGCUUUAGUUAUGCAUCCGGUGAAAUGGCAUAUGGUAAAACAGCCUAAAGCCUGUGAGAAAAUUGUUUUGAUACCCCCAACACCAGCAGUAAAGGAGGAAAAUGAAGAAAAUUUCAAUUUCAACAAAAACGGAAACAGAAUUGAUAUGUCAGAUAGUGCAAGAUCUAUUGAGAAUUUAUAUCGGAUCAAUCGCUUGGAAAAUCCACGGAAGGGAAACGAAUUACUGUUUGUAUCUAAAUUAAGUAAUUCCAGGCGAUUGAGCAUACCAGUGGUUUUGAUCCCAGCAGAUGGGAAAUGUAACAGCAAAUUUGAUGUAAGUGAUGAAGUGUACAGAGAAAACUUGUAUAAAGCUGCAUCUGCGUCAAGUUUGGGCAAUUUUGGCAAUAUUGUCGCGGAACCAUUACCGAUUAUAAAAAACAAGGAAGGAAAAUGGCAAACGGUAGCGGAAUUUUUAGAUUUAACUCUGCUAAAGGAUUUGGUUUAUGUAAACAUUGCAUUCGGACUGGCUUUAACUUUCUUUUCCGAUCUCACAUUUUUCACCGUGGAACCUUUAUUUUUGGACAAAAAUCAACUGACCAAGUCAGAAAUAGCAAGUAUAAUAGCAGUGGGUGGUGCGACGGAUAUGUCAGCGCGUUUGUUCCUGGGCGUGGCUGGUCAGUUCUUUAGACUGAAAUCCAGAUAUAUGUUCUACGCUGGCGCCUUCUUAACAGCCCUCUUUAGGCUAAUAUUUGUCCAAUUUAACACUUAUACACCGCUGCUCAUCUUAACUGGUAUUUUGGGCUCGUUACGGUCUCUGGUCCAUAUUGCCCAGCCCAUAGUAUUAGCUGAGCAUCUACCUAUAGAGAGAUAUCCUCCAGCGUAUGGACUCUAUAUGCUUUUAGCUGGUGUUAUCAGUUUAAGCAUUGGACCAUUGAUCGGUUUUAUUAGAGACUACACGGGGAGUUACGUAAUCGCCUUCAAUAUGCUUACAGCCUGUAACAUUUGUUGCGUGAUACCGUGGACCGUUGAAGGCAUACUCGAAUACAUAAAGAAAAGAAAAUAUUCUUCUAGUACUAAGUCUCUUAAUGUAAGUAAUUCUUAA